GUGUUUUCCUGCAGAAUGAAUCCGAAAUUAGGAACGAACAGCAGAAUUCUUAAUUCCUUUGAAAAUUGUCAACAUAGUAACAUAAUGCAUGUUGAGACGAACCCCUUUUAUCCAAAAAACUUUCUGACCAUAGGGGAUAACACAGCCAAGAUAUGGUGUGAAGAUCUUCAAGAAAGCAAUAUAUUUACUAUGAAACCAAGUUCUGCUAGGCUCACUGGUGGUUGCUGGAGUCCAGCUAGAAUAUCAGUAUUUUACACAAUACGUGUGGAUGGAGUGCUUGAGGUGUGGGAUUUUCUGUUCGAGCAACGUCUCCCUGUUCUGCCUGUUAAAGUUGCUGAUUUUCCCUUAUAUACGCUCAAGGCAAAUGAGAAGGGAUCUUUGCUUUGUGUUGGAGCAGGAGAUGGGUCAACUUCAAUUCUAAAAAUGGAUCCAAGGUUACUAACUGCAAACAGGCUGGAGAGAUCUAACACUAUGGAGAUGUUUGAUAGGGAAACAAGAAGAGAAAGAAUUUUGGUAAACCGUAAAAAAGCGCUGAAGGUCGAAGAAUCCCAAAAGAAGAUUUAUGCUAAAGCUCGACAUUUUCAAAAACAAGAGGAGGAGGAAAAACGUAAACGGGCUGGUUGUCCUGUAAAAAAGGCUGAAAUGGAAUACUUUCGUAUUCUGGAACAGGUUAAAGAAGAGAGAAAGCAGUUCUUAAUGGAAAACAUUUUAGAUAAAGACAAGAUUUUUUAAUGUUUAAAAUUAUUAGAAAUAUUGUGGAAUAAUAAUAUUUCAAAUAUGAAGGUUUAAAAUUCUAAACAGGAAAAUAA